CGACGAGACAACUUGUAUAGUUCAGUGACCUUGACUUAUGUGGUUUAUGGUCCACCAUGAAAGAUAUUUGGUAAAUAUCUGUCAAGGGUCACAUAUGCUAUUGAUAUUUUGUUACUUUGAGAAGGAAUUGGUAAAAAAUUCCUUUCCGCUUUCGUCAUUCCGUUCCGGACUCAUUGAACUUUGUACCUGGGUAAACUCGAGACAAACAUUUAUAUGUAUACCUACCCUUUCCUUGAUAUAAUUUUCAUGAGUUUUCGCUCAGUCAUCGAUUUCUGCUACAUCGCUGUAAAGUAAGAACAGCCGUUCUCGUUACAAUCUUUCAAUUCCGUCUGAAAACAAGGUAUUAUCGACACGAUGAUGCUCAGAAAGGUAUUUAACCCAGGAAUGUACCCGAAAGUGGUACGAUCUUUCUCAGCAGCUGCGGAACACGUUCAAGGAUAUAAUUUCGAACUGUCCGAUACUCAAAAGGAGAUGCAAGAACUAGCGCGGAAAUUUACCAAGGAAGAGAUUAUCCCAGUAGCUGCAGAAUACGAUAGAACUGGAAAAUAUCCAUGGGACAUUAUUAAAAAGGCAUGGAGUAUUGGUCUUCUGAAUAAACACAUUCCGCAACAUUGUGGUGGUAUGGAAGCGAGCGUUUUUGAUGCAUGUAUGGUUACGGAAGAAUUGGCUUAUGGUUGUACAGGGGUAGCAACUGCAAUAGAAACCACAGGUCUUGGACAAACUCCAGUUAUCAUAGCUGGAACGAAGGAACAGCAAAAGAAAUAUCUUGGAAGGCUCAUGGAAGAGCCACAUGUUGCGGCGUAUUGCGUUACCGAACCUGGCGGAGGAUCUGAUGUAGCAAGUGUUAAAACUAAAGCUGAGAAAAAAGGAAAAGAGUAUGUAAUCAACGGCACUAAGAUGUGGAUCACAAAUGGUGGUGUUGCCAAUUGGUAUUUCGUUCUGGCAAGAACAAAUCCAGAUCCAAAAGCCCCGGCUAGUAAAGCUUUCACAGGCUUUAUUGUAGAACGUGAGAGUGACGGUUUAACUCCCGGGCGUAAAGAAAUUAAUAUGGGACAAAGAGCUAGCGACACACGAAUGAUAACAUUUGAAGAUGUUCGUGUUCCUGAGGAAAAUGUAUUGCUUGGAGAAGGAGAAGGUUUUAAGAUAGCUAUGAAGACUUUUACCAGAACGCGUUCUCCAGUUGCAGCAGCAUCAGUUGGUUUAGCUCAAAGGGCUCUGGAUGAAGCAACGAAAUAUGCAAUGGAACGCAAAACAUUUGGUAAACCGAUAGCAGAACAUCAAGCAAUAGCAUUCAUGUUAGCCGAUAUGUCUAUUGGUGUUGAGACUGCUAGAUUGGCCUGGAUGAAGGCAGCUUGGGCUACUGAUAAAGGAUUACCAAAUGCUACAAUGCUCGCUAGUAUUGCAAAAUGUUAUGGUGCUGACGUAGCUAACAAAUGUGCUACGGAUGCUGUACAGAUUUUCGGUGGUGCGGGUUUCAAUUCCGAGUAUCCGGUGGAGAAGCUUAUGCGCGAUGCCAAAAUUUAUCAGAUAUAUGAAGGUACUAGUCAGAUUCAAAGAUUGAUUAUAUCGCGCGCUCUCUUCGAAGGAGCUAAACUAAUGAGCAAUUAAAUGCUCGCAUGUUGAAUUGAAUUGUAUCAUAAAAUUAAUUUUUAUAUUGAAAUAUUUUUAUGUAGCUUUCUCAUGAAGUUACAAAAUAAUAAACUUAUAUACAUUUAAUAAUCCAGAGUGUCCCAGAGUGUUGCAAAUGAUCCAGGCAAAUAUUUCGAAAAAUACGGAAAAACAUUUCGGACAAAAGUUUGAGAAAAGAAUGGUACAGGACUUUUUUUUUACUUGAUUUGGUUUCAAGAAUCUGUUGUAAUACAGACUUUCACUUUAACUCGGUGCACAUGAAAUAUCCUUGAAGAGUUUUAACGUAUACACAAAUGUUCACAAAAGUUGGGGCACUUUUGUAACAGUGUAUUCUUGGGAUCAAAUCAAGUAAAAAAGUUGUGUGCCACUUUUUCCUCUGACAGUUGUCGAGAUAUCGUAAGUUAAAUAUUGAAAAUAUUACUGAUUUUUCCUUAAAUAUCUCGAAAAAUAUUAUGCAAAUAAAAAUGUUUCAGACAAAAGUGAUUCGAAUUAAUCAAUGAUGACAAAAUAAUACAAUAAAAAAUGGAGGAUUUUAUUGAAGGUAACCUUUACGUGACCUACAAACGACUAUUCAAGGUUCAAUCAUUGCCACUAUCUCAUGUUCCCCUUCGAAACCAACAACUUUUGUAACUUUAAAACGUCUUUAUAGUAAUCUGCUACUUGUCAAUCUUUCGUUAAUUUUUAUACUUCCGAUGUUUUCGAUUUUUAUAUCUUUCUGACUUUUGAUAAGCCGAAAAGAAUGACGAUUUUACUGAAACGUUUUUCCGUAUCUUUUAUACUUUGCGAGAUAUUUGUCCGAGUCGUUAAAAAUAAAACACCCUGUAUAACGUUUAUAUUCUCAGAAUAUACUUACACAGUACAUAUCAAUGUAACAUAAAUGUUGCGACUUUUAUACUUAUGUUAUAUUAAAAAAUAUAUAUGUAUCGAAUACAAUUUUUUACAUG